CAUACACACAAACACACACACUCACACACACAUUCAAAACUCGAUCCGGCUGCACCGCGGCUGCUCCAAUCCUUGCAAAAGGCGAACGAGCGCCCUCCGGCCCGCGGCGCUCAACCCGGCUCGGGCUCUGCGCCCGACUCAGCGCUGGUCCCCGUGCGCAGCGCGGUCGCUUCGGCAGGCUGUUCCCGAAAAUAAAGGGGGGAGAGAGGGUACGGACAGAUCCGAAAACACCCCGGCCACACACGCCGCGACUUCAGCUCUUCGGCGUCCGAGUACAGACGGUUCUGGCAGCGCCCUGCGCUUGGUGAGGUCCUCGCCGCUGCCCGGGAAGAGCCCACCUGCCGGUCCGUGAUCGGCCCGCGCGAAAAGUGGGGCUUGUCGCUGUCCUGCUCAGGCAGCGUCCGCGCUCUGGGCGCCCUUGCACCAGGUAGUUGUGAGUUCAGCCCUUGGCUCUGCCGCGGGCCCCUCGCGCCUUAGAGGGUCCUCCCCCGCCCCCGGGACGCGGCAGCAGACGCUCGGUGCCGGGACCUCGCUAUGGCUGGGACGCGCAGACUGCUCUAUCUAUGGCUGGGCUGCUUGUGCGUGAGCCUGGCGCGGGGACAGACACUCAAGCAGCAUUUCCCGGAGAUCCGCAAGGCUGUGCCGGGUGACCGCACCGCAGGUGGUGGCGCAGACCCCCUGCUGCAGCCGCACGACAAGGUGUCAGAGCACAUGCUGCGACUCUACGACAGGUACAGCGGCAGUGACAGAGCCGCGACAGCGCGGACACCAGGGUCCUCUCAACUGAGCUCUCCGCCCCUGCGGCCCCAGCUCCUGCGGGAGGGCAACACGGUUCGCAGCUUUCGAGCCGGAGCAGCAGGAAUCCUUGAAACCACAGAACUGCAUAUUUUUAACUUGACUUCUCUAACCAAGUCUGAAAACAUUUUAUCUGCCACACUGCAUUUCUAUAUCGGAGAGCUAAUAAAUAUCAGCCUGAGUUGUCCAGUGUCCCAAGGAUGCUCACAUCAUGCUCAGAGGAAGCACAUUCAGAUUGACCUCUCUGCAUGGGUCCUCAAAUCCAACAGAAACCAAAGUCAACUCCUGGGUCAUCUUUCAGUGGAUGUAACCAAACCUCAUCGAGACUUUGUGUCCUGGCUGUCUAAAGACAUCACUCAAGUUUUGAGGAAGGCCAAGGAAAAUGAGGAGUUUCUCAUAGGAUUUAACAUUACUUCCAAAGGACAACAGCUGCCAAAGAAGAUGAUGCCCUUUCCUGAGCCUUAUAUCUUGGUGUAUGCCAAUGAUGCUGCCAUUUCUGAGCCAGAGAGCGUGGUGUCAAGCUUGCAAGGACAUCGGAAUUUCCCCACUGGAGCUGUGCCCAAACUGGAUAGCCGUAUCAGGGCUGCGCUUUCUAUUGAACGAAGGAAGAAGCGCUCUGCUGGGGUCCUGCUGCCUCUGCAGAACAACGAGCUUCCUGGGGCAGAGUACCAGUAUAAGGAGGACGGGGUAUGGGAGGAGAGAAAACCUUACCAGACUCUUCAGACUCAGCCCCCUGAGAAGAGCAAGAACAAAAAGAAACAGAGAAAGGGACCUCACCAGAAGAGCCAGACGCUCCAGUUUGAUGAACAGACCCUGAAGAAGGCAAGAAGAAAGCAAUGGAUUGAACCUCGCAACUGCGCCAGGCGAUACCUGAAAGUGGACUUUGCGGAUAUUGGCUGGAGUGAGUGGAUUAUCUCCCCCAAGUCCUUCGAUGCCUAUUACUGCUCCGGCGCGUGCCAGUUCCCCAUGCCGAAGUCUUUGAAGCCAUCAAAUCAUGCUACGAUCCAGAGUAUAGUGAGAGCAGUGGGGGUCGUCCCUGGAAUUCCUGAGCCCUGUUGUGUGCCGGAAAAGAUGUCCUCGCUCAGCAUCUUAUUCUUUGAUGAAAAUAAGAAUGUGGUACUUAAAGUAUAUCCAAACAUGACAGUAGAGUCUUGUGCUUGCAGAUAACCUGGCAAAGAACUCAUGUGAAUGCUUAAUUCAAUCAUUAGUUUAUUUUUAUGGACUUUUUUUUUUGCACUGCCAAUGCAUUUCAUGUCAAAAAAAAUUUUAAUAGUCAGAAGAGAAUGAGCAAAAAAUAUUCUGAUCAUUUCCACCAAGGAGAACUGGACUGUAUUUGUUUCUGAAUGUAGCUAAAAGGAAGAUUUUAGUAAAUAUGGACAUCUGUUUCUCUUUUUUUUUAAUCACACAAGAAAAAUAAUCACUCAAACUGUUGUUAGAACUGUUGGAGAACACACUGAUUUAUUUUUGUAAUGGGCUUUGAAAAUAGAUUGGAAAAAAAGACCAAUAGCUUAUCAUUUAUCUCUGCUUAUAGAGAAUAGAAUAAUUUCAUAUUUUAAAGUAGGCUUAUUGCCUUAGAUUCCUGAGCAGCUCAGCAAGUGCUAAAUAAUCCAAUCCACUUUGAUGUUUAUCUUCAAAUGUGUUGAGACUCUUGUUUGCCUGUGUUUUUCUCUGUGGAUCGUGGUGGGAAGCGCUGAGUGGAGAGUGUGUGCUGAGUGUUGGUAUAUACACAUGGGAGACGUCGCAGGGGCCUGUGCCCUCUGUAGGAAGGCUUGCUUAACAUGGUUUUUUAUUCAAUCUGCACAGGAUUCUUUGUUUGUUUUUUUUUUCAUUUCAUGUUCUGGCAAGCACCAUUCAAUUAUGAGAACUUAACCAAAAAGGCUAGAGUGAUCCAAGCGCAUAUGCAGAGAGUUACCACUUGGCCCAGCCAUUUAUUGGGAAAUACCAAGGUUUUCAUUUCAUGGCCUCCCAGGAAAGGGAAGCAGCAACCCAACUUUCGAAAACCCAGAUGUGCUUCCUCUUCUGUGCCUCUAUUCCACAACUACUUUCAUUUGUUCUUUUAAACUGAACUCAAAAAUUCAAUUAAACUUUUAAUUUUCUUAAUGUGCCUUUACUUGCUAUAAAGUAAUCAUCAGAUUCCAAGGCUCAGAAAUGGAUGGAUGAUUAGAGAUUAAUCACAAUCACUUGUUCAGUAUCACAAGUCCAGGCACUUUUUCACACGGAUCAAGGCUUUUGGCUCAGCCAUGAAAUCUACACUUCAGCAAAGCUCACUGAAAUUACCCACCAAGAAAGAGAUUAAAACAUAGAUACUUCUUUGGUUUUUUUUCCCAUUUCCAUUUGUCAUAAAUAUCUCCUCUUACACUGCUGCCCUUGAAAAAUUGUUCCAAAAAUCUUUCGCUCAUUGUAUUUGUGUGUGUGACCGAGACUUUUUCAGCCCCUGGGUUGCUGGUGUUCUGUCUACAGUUCAUCCUUUUCUCAGCUCAGUCUGGCCAGACUACAGACAACUGAGCCGUUGCAGAGGCCGCGAAGUAGCAGAAGACACGGGGCUUUGUUCUGUUUCUGCCUUUAGUGAUCAGUGGUGGGUUGUCAUUUAAGAAAUACUAAUUGAGCAUCUAUUUUGUAAAAGACACAUGUUAAUUGUGUGUUUUUAGUGUCCUCACGGGUAAAAUGAAGAGGCUGACUCGUUGACCUGGAAGAAAGGUCCUUCUGCCACCCAAAGUUUGGGUUUAGCAUACUGGCUAGGUCACACACCUCUUCUUGGACAGACGAUAGCAGUAGGGUAAGAACACUGUAAGCAUCGCUGUCCAUAAACCAAAGGUGAAACCAUCCUACUCGUCAGUGUUUCUGAGUGAGUGUGGCACUCUCUGUGGUUUAAGUAGUAGCACUAGCUUAUUGGAAACUCAUUAAAAGAAGAUCAUGCAAAAAAAGUUCUUUAACACUUUGGGUCAAAGUGUGUGUUGACUCCAUGAAUGAGACACACCUAUUCUAAGUAAUGAAUUAAGUUCUGGUGCCUGAGUUACUAUGGUUUCUUAUAGUUCAUUUUUUGUUGUUGUUGUUCUGGUAGCAUAAAGUUAAAGAUUCAAAAUGAGAUAAGGGGUGAAAUUAUUUUUAAUAUAUUUUAUCAAAAAUCUGAAAGCAAAAUUAUGUCAUAGAAGUGAGCCAGUGUAUGGCUGCCCUAUCCUGGUCAUAGCACCUUUCAGUGAAGAAAACUUUUUUUCCAUUUGGUAAAUUGCGUGAAAUUCUUUAUUUAGUUUUUUUUAGAGAGAUAUCAGCCAAAACCUCUAGUACUUCCCAGUAUUUCUUCUCAGCCUUCUUCUAUCCAGAUGUCUGUUUGUUACCUUUCUUAAUUUGAAUUGAUGCCUGCUUGUUACAGAUUAAUUCCUACAGCAGCCAAAAAAACAAACAAAAAAAAACUUUGAAUAAUAAAAAUUUCCAAUUUUUUAACUAGUUAAGAUUUCAUCUUCAGUAGCAAUUGAUAUGACAAAAUUCUAACACAGUGAAAGAGCUUAGAUAGUCUCUUAGCCAUCCGAAUACUUUUUGACCAGUAGUUACUUGUCAGUGACCUUGUAACCAUCAUUUUGCUACUUCAUUGGGUACAUAUUAAGGUAUAAAGUUCAGUCCCAAAAAAUAAAGGAAGAUUAUUUUUCAGUAUUAAGGGUUGAAGUAAAUGAGGUAAUAUUUUAAUUAAUAAAAAUGUACAUGAAACAGUUGGAAAAUUGAGUGACUAUUUUGCAGUUUGUUGGGUACUAGUGUCUAUAAUUACUACGUAAACUUUUUAUAAAUCUCCUAAUAUUAAAGCAGCAUUAGUGAGAAAAGACAUUAUAUUUAUAAUGCUACUUCUUAAGUCAUGCCUCUUUCUCUUCCCCUUUUCCAACCACCUUCCCACCCCCAUUCCUACAUGUUACACACACAUACUCUCUCUCUCACACACACACACACACACUCACAUACACACACAGAAUUAAGUCACUUAGAAAAUGGAUUUUUUUUCAGUAACUCUUGAAUUCAAAUUCAGGGGCUGCUGAUGUCAAUAUAGUAUUUUCAAAGUAUUUUGUUGGAACUUGUAUAAAUAAUAUACAAUUUAUAGGAUUUGAGGUUGUAAAAUUUCAACUAGAAAAGCGGACUCCCCAGAUCUCAGGACGACAAUAUCCCAGAUCACAUUUUACACUCACCUAGCUAUGUACUAACUGAUGGUCAUUUAUUCAUUAAUGUAAGAUUUUUUACCUUAAUACUUCUCAAAAACCUUUUUGCCCAUUUAUUAUUUUCAUAGACAAUCAUAUGUGUAUAAUAUUAUAGAAUAUUAGAAUAAUUUCUAUAUAAUUACAUUAUUCAGUUUAGUCUUUCUCCAUGCUAACACAUAAGUAAUGUCUGGAUAUUGACUUGGUUGAAUCAAGGUUAGGUUAGAAAAUAGCUUUGCACACUUGAUGUGUUAAGAUGAAAUAUGAGAUUAAACAAGGUGUCGUGGGUAAGUCUGACUUCUCUGUGUAUCAUUUUUCCCUUGAGAGUUGUAUUUUAAUGUAGUCUGUAGGUGCUUAAAUGAUCCCCUUUUCCUAAAAAAACCAAGCCUUCCCUUCAGCUUUCCACCUUCAUUUCUGUAAAUGUUUUAGUUGAGAACUGAAUGCUUGUACAGUCAAUGGCAAUUUAAAAAAUAUAUAUUAUAUAUGUAUAUGGAAAAACUUUAAAGAUGCUUUUAAUUUAUUUAAUGACUGUUGCCUUCCUAUAAUGGUAAUAAUUUUCAUCCUUAGAUGAUGAGAAAAAAUUCUUUUUACUAUAGUUAUUACAUGCAAAAUGACAUUUGGUUCUUUAGUCCAGUUACUAAAGGGGCGUAUUGCAGUGAAACUGUGAAAGACGCUUCACUACUGACGUGUAAGCUUUGCUGGCUUUGUAUCACUUUCCUCCAGUAAUGGAGAGCUUUUCACUAUACAGUAUGGAAAUAAAGUUGCUUAAUUGAACACCUC